AUGGAUCAACCAACACUAAGAAAAUAUUUGCUUGUCGAAUGGGUAACUCGUGGACCCAAACCAUCAAUAAGGAAGAUUGAUAUUAUCCUUUCUUCAUGGCUUCAAUGUGUAAAAGAACAUGGCAAAGCAGUAGUGAAAGCAUAUUUUCCACCUGCACCAUACGAUAAAUUAGAUGAAUUGUUACAAACCGAAUCUCUCCCAGUUGAUAGUUGGAAGUUAUACACUGCAACAAUCAUCGGUGAAGCAGAUUCUUUAACAACUAUAAAGGAUCAUUUUAAAAAACUCGAAGAUGGGAAAAAAUAUGGAUUUUCAAGUGGUUCAGACAAUACACAAGCUGAAAGAGCUGUUAGUCUUGAAAAUAUGGUUAAAAUUUCACAAUGCAAGAAACAAGAAGAGCAAAUAUUAGCCAGACAAAAAAAAUUGAUGGAUCAACAAGUUCGUGAGAAAUCAGAUCACGGUUUUGGAAACAGUAAAGCUCCCAAUAUUUCACCUGGAAAACAAUUAGUUGGAGCUAUUAAUGAUAAUGUUAUACCUGGUCAAGAUGUUACUAACAAUUAUUCAUCAGGUAAUGAAACUGAUGAAACAAUUGAUCAUGAAGAUUUAAGACGUAAAAAAAAAACCAAAAACGUUAAAUCCAUCAACAAAAGAUCAUCAACAGGUAAACCAUCACAGUCAGUUGUUGAUGAUCAAGAUGUUACUAAAAAUUAUUCAUCAGGUGAUGAAACUGAUGAAACAAUUGAUAAUGAAUACUUAAGACCUAAAAAAAAAAGCAAAAACGUUGAUUCCAUCAACAAGGAAUCAUCAACAGGUAAACCAUCACAGUCAGUUGUUGAUGACCAAGAUGUUACUAAAAAUUAUUCAUCAGGUGAUGAAACUGAUGAAACAAUUGAUAAUGAAUACUUAAGACCUAAAAAAAAAACCAAAAACGUUAUAUCUAUCAACAAAGGAUCAUCAACAGGUAAACCAUCACAAUCAUCAUCAGUUAAACCAUUACCAUCUGCUUCAGUUGGUAAAAAAAUUAAUCAGUUAUUUGAGAUGGUUAAAGAUAUAAAAAAAAAUGUCCAGGAGUUGAAAAAUGGUAACCAUGAAGCUGACCAUGUUGACAUUGAAAAAAAGUAUAAUAUUAUACUGCCCAUAAGAAACUUUUCCAGUUUAGUUUCAUUGGAAAAAAAAUUGAUGGAAAAUAAUGACGGUCGUAAAGACAUCGUUGCUUAUAUGAAGUUUAUAGGUCAAGAUGCCAAAACUUUACCAGAUUUUACCAGACGUAUUUUGAAGAGUUUGUUUAUUCAAAAAGUAGCUGUAAAAUUGUCAGCAGCACGACAAAGAGACGAUAAAUUUUGUAUGGCCAAAGUACUACCUGCCACCAGGAAAUGUAUCUUAGAUGCAAUCAAAGGUAAAAAGCUGACACUAAAAGACUCAACCACCAGUGAAUCUGUUUUAAGCAGUUGCUUAAUAAGAGCAACUGACUGGAACGCUCAAAGAAAAAAAAAAAAAACGACACCAAAAAAUAUCAUAAGUCUUGCUGAAUAUGCAGCAACUGAAGACAUCGACAACUGUGAGGAUGAAAAUACUAUUUAA